AUGUCGUUGGCACACAUCGGUCAACAAUUGACAAUUUAUGGUGGCAUGUUUAUUGUUAUUGGUGGAGUAAUAGGAAAUGGAAUGAACAUUUUGGUAUUUUCAAGUGUUCGUACAUAUCGUACAGCUCCUUGUACAUUUUACUUUCUUAUUGCGUCAAUCUUCAAUAUUGCUGUUACAACAAUUAAUCUUAUUUCUCGUAUUGUCAGUGCAGGUUUCGGCGUUGAUUUAACUCGUUCAUCAGUUAGUUGGUGUAAAAUUCGACAAUUUUGUCUUGUUACUCAAAGCUUAAUUACAUUAAGUUGUUCAUGUUUAGCUACAAUUGAUCAGUUUUUUAUCACAUCACAAAGUGCUUCUAUUCGCCGUUUGAGUAGUAUAAAAUGGGCCCAUCGUAUUGUGUUGAUCGUAAUCCUUGUGUGGUGUCUUCAUGGCAUUCCUUAUUUAUUAUUCUACAAUAUUUUACCAAUCAUCAAGGCAUGUGGAAACACCAAUGGUGACCUUGCCGUUUACAAUCCGAUAUAUCUUCUUGGUCUUCUCUGUAUUACACCAGUGUCAGUAAUGGUUGUAUUUGGAUAUCUAACUUAUCGUAAUAUUCAUUUGAGAAGAGCUCUUGCUGAACAACAAGCUGAUCGUCAGGUGACAAGAAUGACUUUGAUUCAAGUAAUACUUGUUGUUAUUUGUAUUGUACCAUAUGGUAUUAAUAUUGCUUAUAAUGUGGCCACAUCUGGAAUUAGUAAAGAUGCAAAUCGAUUACUCAUAGAAAAUUUUGUGCAAUCAACAAUUACCCUCACAUCUUAUAUUUAUUUUGGUGGAAGUUGUUAUGUGUUUUUGAUUUCAUCAAGUCGUUUUCGUCGAGUAAUAAAAGAUCGAAUAUUGUGUUGGCGAAGAUCCAAUCAAGUUAUUCCAAUCCAACAGCCUAUCUGCAAAACAGCACCAUUAGAAAACAGAACAUAUAAUUAA